CCCCUGACAUUCAGUGACAGCUCACACUCAGUCCAGGAGAGAGCAGGGACAGGGGGGGGACACAGCACAUUCUGGGACUUGGAGCAGAGGAAGCAGCAUUGGAAAGACCUGUGUCCGGGAAAACAUUGGGACGCUCUGCAGAAAAAGUAAAAGAUAAGUUUAGUCCCCUGAAGCAAAGGUCUCCCCCCGCUGGCCGCCCCCAUCUGUCCCCAGAGGAAGUCAAAGACUCGGACCAAGCGGCGCAGAAGGAAAAGCUGCACGCAGAAUUGAAGAAAGUUCUGCAGCAGAAAGUACAGAGAGAAACCUGCGGAGAGAUCGACGCCAGGAUGGAGACUCACAUCAACAUCACAGAGGAAAAACUGAAAGCCUCUGAGAUGGUGGAAGUGAUAGUAGAGACUGAACCCCAAAGUGGCAUGAGUGGCAUCAGUAUCUCUGGAGGAGGUAGAGAAGGACUUUUCAUCUCAGACCUCCUAAAAGACUCUCCCGCUGCCAAAACCUUGCCUCUUUUAGAAGGUGACCAGAUCCUGAGCGCCCGUGUCUUUUUCGAAAAUGUGAAGUAUGAAGAUGCUCUGAGAAUCCUGCAGUGUGCUGAACAAUACAAAGUCUCCUUCUGCCUAAAAAGGACCGUGCCAUCAGCCGAUGUCACAGUGUCACCAACUUCUGGAAGUGUGGAGGUCAAGGGUCCAAAGGCAAAAAUGCCUAAAAUGACCGUUAAAAGCCUUACGCCGGUAAAGAAGAAAAAGAAGAAGGUUCCAAGUCAAGUAAAGGUUUCAGAAGAAGGUUCCAUGGAAGCUUUGAAAGGGUCUGAAAUAUCCGUGGGCAGCAUGGAGAUUCCACCUGUAGACGUUGAAUUCUCCUUUCCCAAAUUCUCCAAGCUUUUAAAAAUGAAAUCUGUGACUGAGACCAGCACUGUAACCAAGACAGCCGAGGUUACCACAAAAGCUUCCAAUGUGGAACAAAAAUGGGCAAAAAUUAAGUUUCCUCGUCUAAGAGUCAAAGAAGCAGCAGCAGGAGCUGUUUCUGUGGAAGUCCCUGAAAUCAAGACAUCAUUACCGAAAGGCAGUCCUGAUACAGAAGAAAAGGAUAAACCUGCCUCCAAGUUUGGAAUCUCUGUUCCUAAAAUUAAAAAACCUAAAGUAGAAGCCACAGUGUCAAAACCAGAAGUUGAACUUUCUGUUCCAAAGUUGGAGAUUGAAACCAAAACCCCACAAGUUGAACUUGAUAUACCUCUGCGAACAAUGAAGACUGAUACACAAGAGAUAUCAACAACAGAAAGUAUUAAAAUGGCUAUGAUGAAUGCUUCAGCCAAAAUUCCAGAUGUGGAAAUUAAAGUUCCAUCUUCCCACAUUGAGGUGGAGGCACCAGAUAUAAAAAUUAGCACACCCCAUGUGUCAACAGUUGGAAUUUGCACAUCAGUUUGUGAUAAGAAAUCAGACAUCACUGUUGAAGUAAAACCCAAAACAGAGAUUACAUUUCCCACUGUGGAAAUUGCCCCACCUAAACUUGACAUGGACUUGGGCCUAGCAAAACCUGAAGGUGUGGUUGUAGAUGAGCCAACUGGAAGUGCUGUGAAAGGUUUCCAAAUAAAACUGCCAACGUUUGGCAAGUCUGCAAAAACCUCCACUGCUGAGAUGGAAGUCUCUCCCCCCAAAAUAAAAAAAGAUAUUGAGGUGAAAGCAUUUGAAGAUAGGUUUAAAAUGCCUUCUAUAAAAACUCCAGAAAUUGGAAUUUCUUUCCCCACAGGCAAACUGGAAGGCGAUAGUCCUGAUGGAAAACAAAAAUUGUCCAUGAAAAUGCCAUCCUUGGAUGUUUCCGCUCCUAAAGUUGAUAUUUUUUUACCCAAGGCAAACUUAGAUUUAGAUAUCUCUGGAGAAACUGGAAUUCCAGAUGUAACAUUGAAGAUGCCUAAAGCCAGUCCUCCUAAAAUUGGAAUGAAAGUUAAAGACGCCUAUGCAGACUCUAUGAAGAUUAAAGGUGACAUCCCACAGGUGGACUUGAAACAUGAUCAGAUUGAAGCUGAACUCUCAGUUGGAAUUCCAGAUGUGACCUUCAAGCUGCCUAAAGUAGGCCUUUCCAUACCUGGAGAAAAGAUAGAAGCACGAGAAAUUCAUGAUGAAGUCACAACAGGAAAACUGGAAAGUGAGGGGCAGGAUUUCAAACUGAGAGGGCCUAAAAUUAAAUUGCCGAGUUUUGGACUUUCACCAUCCAAAGAUAAGCCUGAUAUACCACACCCUGAAUUGGAAAUUUCAGACAAAGAAUCUAAAUUACAGUCUGAGGGUAAAGUAGCAUUUUCUUCGAUAAAGGUGCCGUCACUUGCUAUUUCAUUGCCAAAAGUACCAGACAUUCAACCAGGGAAACUGGAAGUCACUGUACCCACAACCAAAGUAGAUAUCAAAGCACCAGACUUGGAAGGUGCCAGUAAGUAUGACCUGAAGUUGAAAAUGCCCAAAGUAUCUUUACCCCAGUUGGAAGUGUCUACAAAAGUUGAAAAACCUCAAGUAUCACCCCCAAAAAUUGGUAUUCAUAUGCCAAAGAUAGAGUCAAAAGUUAAAGAAGGGGACCUGACAGAGAAGGGGGAUAAAUUCACUCUUCCAAAACUAGAUAUUUCAGUUCCCAAGAUAAAACCUGCUGAAGUUGACAUAACCCCACCAAAAGCAGAUUUUGACAUUUCUGUAGAGAAGCCCAAAAUAGGACUGAAGGCUCCAAAAGUGGGAUCUGAUGCAAUUGCCUUUGAUGGGGAGAUUGGGGAUUCAAAAUUGGGUUUUCCAUCUGUCAAAAUACCAUCACUUGAGAUAGACACACCAAAGUUUGACAUUGAUUUCAAUUUGCAGAAAGUCAAACUGGAGGGAUCAGAUGUUCUUAUUGAACAACCAGACAGCAAUGUGCAGAUGCCAAAAAUUACUUUCCCUAAGCUUACUGAUGUGACCAAAGAAAUGUCUGUUGAAAUUAAUGUUCCAAAGAUCACUAGUGACAUCUCUUUACCAAGAGCUAGCACAGAAAUGAAGAGGCCUGAAUUUGGAGGCGUGGAUCUUUUUGACAGAGGAGCAAAGAUAAGCCUGCCGAAAAUUGAGAUAGGAUUAGGAAAGCCCUCAGAUGAGGAAACAUCUGACAUUAAGCUCCCAAAAGUGAAACUAGAAGGGCCAGAUGUAGAGGGCAUAGAAGCUAAACUGAAACUACCAUCCAUGAAGAUGCCUUCCGUUGCCAUUACAGCACCAAAGGUACCAGAUGUUGACAUUGAUGCAAGUUUGCCAAAGGUUGGCAUAGAAGGAUUAAGCAAAGAAGAAGUGACAGGAGAAUUGGCCACUGAUAGUGAGAUUAAAUUGAAAACAUCAAAGUUUUCUCUCCGCAAACUUGGAAUUUCUGGACCCAAAUUUAAAAAAGGUGGGGAGGCAGAUAUUAAAACAUCUCCUCUGGAUGGAGUAGGAGAAAUCUCAGUUAAGUCUCCAAAGAUGAAAAUGCCAAAAUUUGGGAUUACUUUCCCCAAAUCAAAGCAAGAAGCUGAUGUGGCCAUUUCUAAACCAGCUCUAGAAAUGGAUACAAAAACAAAGAAGGCAAAGGCAGCAGUAUCAGUUGGUCAAAUCGAUGCCCAUUCUGAAGGGAAGGUAAAGCUUCCUUCGGUCACACUUCCCACGGUAGAUAUCUCAGCACCAAAAUUAGAAGUAGAUAUUGCAAUUCCAAAAGGAGAAACUUCUCACACUGAGCAUAAACCUUCCGAUAUCAGUAUUGACAUACCAGAAGUGAAACUCAACCUGCCGAAAUUUUCAAUGCCAAAAUUUGGAAGCAAGAGCAAAGGAAGUGAUGUUGAUGUGGAGAUGGAAAACACCAAAUUACACGGCAAAGUUGCUACAGCUAAAUUGUCUGGUGGUACAGAUACUUCCUCAGAUGGAGGCAGCUCCAAUGGGAAGGGAAAGGGGAAAAUGAAAAUGCCUGCAAUAAAAAUGCCUUCAUUUGGAAUUUCAAAAAAAGAAGCAGAUGUUUCUGACAUCAAACUGGAAGUCAGCCCUCCUGAAGUUAAACUAAAGAAAGCAAAAGAAGCUGUAAAAGAAACCAAAGUGGAGGUAGAUAGCAAAGAAAGUGAUGGAAAAACAUCUUUCAUAAAAAUGCCCACCUUUAAAAUGUCACCUCCCAAAGUCAAAACACCUGAUUUAGAACUUGCUGUAAAAGGUUCUAAAGAAGACCUUCACUUACCUGAUAUUCAAGUCAAAGUUCCCCAAGUUGAAUUGCCUUCUUUUGGGAUAAAAAGUGAGAAAUCAGCAGAUGUCACUUUGCCAAAAGCAGAAGCAAAAUUAUCAGGAAGGAUCAGCGGCCUAGAUAUUGGUGAAAAAAUAAGAAUACCAUCACUUGGAACCUCCACACUACAGGAAGUGCCAUCAUUGCAGAUUUCUGUCCCGUGUAUUAAACCUGAGCCUUGUAUCUCUUCACCAAAGGCGGAAGUGGAUGUUUCUGAUGCAGAUAUCAAAGCAUAUGAAGGAGACUUAAAAAUACCUAAACUUCCAUCAGUCUCUGUUCCAAGUCUGGAAUUAGAUAUUGGUUUACCCAAACCCACCUCAGAAGUUGAAUUUGCCCUAGAAAAGUCAGACAUGAAAUUGAAGAUGCCAAAAGUCGAACUGCCAAACUUUGGAGAAUAUGGCCGAACUGUUGAUGCCAAAGUGGACACUGAAGUCAGUAAAUAUAAAACCGGUGAAGCAGAAGCAAAGAUCAAGGGAUCUAAAAUAAAAAUGCCUCACUUUGAUAUUUCUUUGUCAAGAGGCAAAUCAGAUGAAGAAGGCAUACCAUUUAUUGAAGGAGAGUUGAAGAUGCAUGGAACAGAGCUGGAGACAUCCACAUCAGAGGGAAGGUUUAGUAUGCCAUCUGUAGAGUUGCCCAAAAUAUCCACUCCCAAAAUUAGAGCUCCAGAACUGGACCUUGAAGUCAGCCUUAGCAAGGAUGGUUCAAAAACUGGAGACCACGCAAAGACACAUGGAGCUGAUGUAGCCCUCCCUGAUGUCGGACUUCCUGAUUUAAAAUUAAAAAUGCCAAAAGUAAAAUUACCUAAAUUUGGUGGCUCCAAUGUUGAUGAAGAAACCACCAAAUUGGAUGUUAAGGCUGUCAAAACUGAAGAGAUUGAAGACUCAGGGAAAAUGGGCUUCAAAAUAAAAAUGCCUAAGCUUCAAGUGGGCCCUAUGAAAGGUAGAGAUGAUGGCUCUGUAGAAAUGGAAGGUGACCACAAAAAGACAGUAAAAGAUGUUGCAAAGACUUCAGAUCAUGAGGAUUCUGAAAACAGCAGAAGGUUUAAGAUCAAGAUGCCCUCAUUUGGAAUUUCGAAAGAAGGCACUGGUGCUGCAACAGAAUCCUUGCAUCCAACCGAAGAAGGAGGUGAACUGAAAUUUAAAAUGCCUAAAAUCUCCAUUCCUGAUGUUGGAUUUUCAGGAAGUGAAACUGAAGGUGACAUUUCUUUGGAAAGUGGUCAGACCAAGGCUCUAAGUGCAGAUUCCAAGGUAAAAGUCCCCAAAUCAUCCAGUCUUGAGAAUUUAGAAAUAGAUGUGGGUCUCAAGAUGCCCAAAAUCAAGAUGCCAACAAUUGGCAUGCCAGGUUGGAAGUCAGAUGAUGAUAUGAAUGUUUAUCUGGAAGAAGAUUUAGAAGGAAGGAAAUCUGCCUUCAAGAUGCCAGAUGUGGAAAUAUCCACUCCAAAGAUCAAAGCACAUGCCGAAUAUAAUGUGGAUGGAGCAAAACUAGAAGACAGUUGGUCGAAGGAGAUGGAGACAGAAUUGAUUAGUACCAAAAAGGCCAGCAAAGACCAUGGUACAACAGAGGAAGAAUCUGGGAAGAAAUACAAAGUAAAGCUACCCAAGUUUGGAAUAAGCUUGCCAAAACCUAUUCCAGGUGAUGUGGAACUAACAACACCAAAGAUAAAAUCGAGUGUCAAAGAAGCAGAAAUCAGUGUAAAGACUCCAAGUUCUGACCAUGAAUCAGACCAACAUGAGGGAAAGAAAAGCCGAAGAAAUAUUUUUUCACUAGGAAAGAACAAGGAGCGAAAUGCAGCUCUUUUAACAUCAGAUGCAGAUAUCACCUUAGAAGGUGAAGGCCCAGAACUGAAGAUCAAGAUGCCAAAAAUAAAGAUGAAGCCAUCCUUUGGAAGAGGUAAAACCAAAGGGGCAGAAGUAAAUGGGGAGUUAGAUGCUUCUGCUAGUGGAGAUACUGAUGCAGAAUUGAGUCCUGAGGGCAAGUCCUCAAAGAAAAAGUUCCCCAAGCUAGGAUUUUCUUCUUCUAAAGGAAAUGCAGGGGAUGUUAGUGUUAAUGGCACAAGUUCAUCUGGCCGCCCAAAUGAUGACCAUGAGGUGAAUGGAUCGCAGGACAGUGUAGCAAAAAUGGGAAAACUCAAAAUGCCCAAGCUGGAAAUUUCCACUCCACACAAGGGCAAAGAAUCUGAUGUGGAAAUGAAUUUAAAGUUGGUCAAGGGUGAGGACCAAGAUUACAAAGAGGAAAGUCACGAAAGCUCCUUUACAUCUAAAUUUAAGUCUUUUUCAGGCUUUAAGAAGAAAGAAAAGGGUGAGGAACACCUUAGUAGUUCUCCUGCCAAAACAGAUGUGGAAACCAAGGGGGAAGGAGAUGCAAAAUCAGGGAGGUCGAAAAUUUCUCUGGGGUUUCUGUCAAGUAAAUCCAAAGGGGAAUAUACAGUGGACAAUAGCGGGAUUGAGAAGGACACUGAAGGGGAAAGUAGUAAAGAAAAAAAAUAUAAAAUACCCAAAUUAUCUCUCAGUCCCAAACCAGAGACAGAGAUAUCAACACAGACAAGUGAAAUCACACAGGAGGGCUGCCAAGAAGGGUUCACAAUUGGCAUGCCGAAGGUGGGAUUCACAACCCACCAUGAGGAACAUACAGUAGAAGAAAAGGUUGCUGGAGGCUUCUUGAAAAUCACAACGACAAAGCAAAUCAAGACAGAGACUGUAACAGAAAAAACACUGUCCAUAUAGAUGAGACAAUUGACUACUCAGUCAAGAACUUUUUAUCGCAACAGUGCUAAUUUGUUACAGGCUGUGGACGCAGCCUUAAUGCUCUUACUCAUUCUCUAUCUUUCAUUUUCAAAGAACAGCGGCCUUGGAAAAAGUCAAAAGAGAGGUGAUACUUUUUUUUUCUGUGUGUGUUUGCGAGUAGCCUUUAUUUAUUUAAAACAAGCUGCUCCGCAUAUCGUACAUGUGGACAUGGGGGGAUUAGACUGGGAGGGUGGAAGUAUCUUUUGGGUUGGUGAGACCUUAGCAUGAGCUUUGCUUCCAAGUUCUUGAUGAAAUUCUCAACGCACCAAAUCAGAUUUUACAAUGUAAAAAUCAAACACAGAAAGCCUUUUAUAGAGUCAGGGGGAAGUAUGAUUUGCGUAUUCACUUUAAAAACUGUAAAUAUCAAAUGCAAAUAUGUACCAUUUUACUGGAGGAAAGUGAUUGGGUUGGAAAUGUGAUAAUGGAGGUCAGAAGGUUCAAAAUAGACAAAAGAGGAAAAAAAAUGUUCAAAGAGAACACCGAUUGAUGACUGAUCACCUGAAAGAAACAGGACGAGACAUUUCUUUAUUGUCUUCCCUCUCGUUGUGUUAUUUACUAGAGUGAGAAUCGAAAGUGAAUUUCAAAUUUAAAGUCAGAGUAACCGAACUCAAAAAAAUGCAUAGCUGACUUAGAGAAUGUUUUUAGUUCAGCAAAUUAAACUUUAAAUUUGAAAUCCACUUUGAAUUCUCACCUUAGUGAAAAGCCUGGUAAGUUUCUUUGAUGAUCGUCUUCUAAGCUGAACUUGAUCGAGGUCCUGGCCAUGGUGGUCCACCACCCUCUUCAACCAUGAUUGUUCUAGGACAGAUGGAGACUAAAUAUUUUACCCUCAUUUAUUCAGAAAUAAAGCCAUAUUAUGCACACUGCUGUAACCACCACAACUAUCUAACCAAGAACAGGCAGUCUGUUAGACCACAUAUACAGUGUCCUUGUCAGUUGACCAUGACAAUCGAGAACCAUUUAUUUAGGGAAUGAAUAAAAUACUGAUGGGUCAGCUGUUAUGUUUUACUUGUGAAUUUACUUACUGGCAAUCCUCUAGAACCCAAAAUGUGGGCAAUUCACUAAAAAUCAGACAUGGCGAAACUUAAGAUUCUAAUAAUGUAUUGUGAAACUUGUGAGCUAACACUUACUGCGGUGCUCAGUAAC